AGUUUGCUGUAACUCUGUUUGUCACAUUACAGCUCUUCUGUUUCUCGUCAGGUUGAUUCUGCUGCUGCUGCUGUGUUUUGUCAGUUACAGCAGUCAAUUUGAAACCAGCACUAUAUCUGUGUCAGGAGAAAAGAGAGGAAACAUCACACUCGCAUGUCAAUAUGAGGCUAAUAAGAUUUCUGUUAUUAGUUUAAACAGUCGGUCAGAAAACAUAGAUGUGUGUCAGGAUGAAGAAUGUAGUGUUCGAGUGUUUAAAGAAGGAAACUGUGACGUCGUCAUCAAGAAUCUGAGCUUCAGUGACGCUGGGAAAUACUACUUGCAUGUCUAUUACAAUAAUGAUCAGACAGAGCUGGAGCGACAAAUCAGGACGUACCAACUUCAUAUUCAUGAUGAGAUUUCUGUGAGCAUCGGUGAGCAGCUGGAGUUAGAUGUUCUGUUGUCAGAAGCUGAUAAAGUGCAGCAUCAGAGCAGAAGAAGCACAGAGUGGAUGAAGGUCUGGAGCAGAAGCGACGGAGUUCAGAGCGAACGAAUCACCAUCAGAGAUAGAAACCUGAUCAUUAGUAACUUUACAGCCAGAGACACAGGAUCAUACAGAGUUCUGGAGCCUUCAGGAGAACCCUUGAUCACAGUGACAGUCAGAGAAUCAAAGGAGAAACUGCACGACACUGAUAAAGACAAAACUGAUGACACUAAAUAUCAUACUGUAGGCUACUGGAUUGCACUGACUGUGGGUUUGGUUCUGCUGGCUCUGAUUCUGACUGCUGUCACGUUACACAAGCGUCUGCUCAGAGGUUAACUGCGUGUGUCUCUCGAGGAGGAAAAGAGAGACUGAGCACAGGAGACCCAGAAGCACUGAGGGCCCAUAAUGAUGUCUGCUGAGGGCCCCACAGACUCUGAUGAAACUGUAGAGGUGUGCAGGACAUUAGUGACGUCACUGCUUAAGACUGGAACUCACCACACGACUUUUCCUUAAUCAGUCUUAAAUCAUGCUUUUUACAGUCAUUUUAUGGUUUAGUAUGUUAUCAUAGACAUUGCCCUACUCUGCUCUAAUGGAAUUAAUUUUAUUUGUGCAGGUCUUAAAUUUGAGUUUAAAAAUCCCCCAUCAUACACUGCAUCAUACACAUGGGUUUUGUGAAAUGUUAACUCUCAAUGUAGCUUCAACUCGUCCAAAUGUCAAAUCUUUACUUGUAAUUUGCCUUCAGAGUCAACAGAUCUGCAGAGGAUUCUGUCAACAUACUUCUGCACUGUAUUUUUAAUUUUCAGUAUGUGUGCACAUUUGGAGCAGAGCCCUACAUCAGGAAUCAGUGUAACUGUAUCUGCAUUUAGUAUUUGUGUAAAACUGCCUUAAAGAUCUGGACUGGUCACUUAUACCAAUCCUAAUUCAUUAACUAGGAAUUAUUGUUUCUAUUCUAAUCCUAAUCCAUUAACAGAA